CUAAGUUGGGAGCACGUUGUUCUUUAAUAAUAAUAAUAAAUUUCAUUUAUAGAGCACGUUUCAUUCUCAAAGUGUAUGCUUUCACAUGGAGGAGUUCAGGUCAGUAUGUUGUUCUCAAGUGAGAGUAGAACAUGACGCCAUGAGUAGUCAUGUGGACCAGAGCUGAGCCGUCGAUCAAUCCAGUCUGGGCUCACCUGUGCUGACGGUCCUCAGACUUCCUGUCUGGAGUACGGCUGCUCAUCUGCAAUGAGAGGAGCCAGUUGAGGUUUGGAGGUUUUCCAGUCAUGUCUCACACAUCAGCUGGUUCAGUUUAGUGGGUUACACCGCUGACUAGAAUGUCGGGGUUGGAUUCGAGGUCAUCCCGGUGUGGACCCUGAGGCAUCAUGUUACCUGCCACGAUGAUGUUGGUCGCUUUGGACAAUAAAAAAUCUAAUACCUCAUCUGGUUUGACCGACAGUGACAGAAAGUGGACAGAUGUGGUAAAAUCCCAUAGAUUAAACAUCUGGUUUAAAUGAGUCUGUUCUGUUGACUGUGUUCAUGUAACUCUGUCUGUGACAUUAGAGUGAAGAGGUCAACAGGCUCCGACUACAGGUCCUUAAAAUAAACCUCAAUUUCCCACACGCGCGAGCACACGGUGUCAUGUGUGGACGUGAUUACAGACAGAAAACAGACGGACGUGAUUUCACUCGGGGGAAACGAGUCUGACACCAGGUGGCAGCAGAAUCUCUGCUGGACAUCAACACGCACCUGAAGCUCAAUCUGGACCCAGAUGCUUCUCGUCACCAUGGAGACUCUGUGGUGAUGGAGCUGGUGUGACUCUGGAAGACCAGAUGUUCUCCUUCAGAUUCAUCCUCCACAACAUCCGGACGAUUCGUCCGUUCCUCAUUGAGAAGGUGAUUCAGGUGUUGGUGCAGGUUAUUGUCAUCUCACGUCUGGACGACUGCAACUCCCUCCUAGCUGGUCUGCCCACAUGUGACCUCCGACCUCUGCAGCGACCCGGUUGGUCCUCCCACACCAAACUGCUCCUCCUGCACUGUCUCCUGGUGGAGGAUCGAAUCCGAUUCAAGACACUGGUUCUGACCCACCGUGCUGGAAAUGGCUCAGGCUCUUAUCCUUUGGACAAAAGUGUCAACUGAAUGAAUUUAAUUGAAUCUCAGUCGUCCUCCAUCAUGGAUACAACCAGCAUGUCUCGCUCUGAAUCUGCAGCUUCCAGACAAGAGGAUUAUUCUCUCUACAGUAACCUGAGUGAUGACGAGCUGCUGCAGGUCGCCAUCGAGCGCAGUUUGACCGACGCAAACUGCAGCAACACCAACACAACUAGCAACACAACCAGCAACACUGCCAAUGCAUCUGGUUCUCCUCACCAGCCUGACAGCAGCCUGAACCCUGCAGCCACAAACAGCUCCCAUGAUCCUCCUCCAGCCCAGACCACCGCUCACUACAGUUCUCCAAACCCUCCGAGUGAAAAGCUUCCUGAUCCGAAGACAUUUGAUGGGACAGUCAGUUGCUUUAUGACUGGCUCUGGGAAGAGGAUGGUUGCUUAUCGCAGAGCUGAUGGCGAUUUGGUUCACAUUGCUCCAGAACCUGAAGAGGAGGAGGAGCCUCUGUUCAAAGCGAUCCGUGUUGGCGAUGUGAGCAGAGUGAAAUCGUUGAUGUGUCAAGGAACAAACCUGAUGGUUCCAGGUAAACGGGGCCGACUCGCUGUCCACCAGGCGGCUCGGUUCGGUCGAGACUCAUGUCUGAGAGUUCUGCUGUCAGCUCAUCCGGGGACGAUCAACAAGCGAACUGAAUAUGGUGAGACAGUGCUGCUGGUCGCCAUCAUCAAAGAGCAGCUACGAUGUGUUCAAGUGCUGCUGGAAAAUGGAGCUGAUCCUGACAUCCCAAACUAUGACAAAGAGACUCCACUCUACAAAGCCUGUGAGAGGAACAGCGCUGCGAUGGUUGCAGAGUUGUUGAACCACGGCGUUGCAGUGAACACUCAUUGUAUUCGGGGUUGGUCUGCACUUCAGGUAGCUGUGACUCUGAACAAUGUGGAGAUCUGUGAGAUGCUGCUAAAGGCCGGAGCCAACCUCAAGCUCACCAACAUGUACGGCAUCACACCGCUGUUCACCGCGGCUCAGACGGGGCAGGUUGCCGCACUGCGUUUUCUCCUGAAGCAAGGUGCAGAUAUCAACAGUCAGGCUGCUGAUGGAGCCAGUCCUCUGUACGAAGCUGCUAAAAAUGAAUUUGAGGAAAUUGUGGAGCUCCUCCUCUCACAGAAUGCAGAUGCCAACAGACCUGGAAAGGCCGGAUUAUUACCACUUCACAUCGCAGCCCAGAGAGGAAAUGACAUUAUCGUGUCCAUGUUGAUCCCAGCUACGAGUAAGGCCAAAGUCCGGCGAACCGGCAUCAGCCCGCUCCAUGUGGCAGCCGAGCGUAACCGUGAUGACGUGCUGGCGACUCUUAUUGAGGCGGGCUUCGACGUCAAUGCUCAGCUGUCUAAUGAACAAUCGCAGAUGUACGAGGACCGCCGCAGUACAGCGCUCUACUUCUCUGUCAUAAACAACAACAUCGACGCCGUGCGCAUGCUGCUGGCAGCUGGUGCUGACCCGAACCUGGACAUGUUCAAGCCCCUGAUGGUGGCGGCGAGGCAGAGCUGCAUUCAGACCGUGACCCUGCUGGUGGAGCAUGGAGCUGACAUCAACGCCUGUAUCCCCACACAUCCCACCACCUUCCCCUCCGUUUAUAUGUUCUCCAUGAAGUACCUGCCCUUGUUCAAGUACCUGCUGGACAACGGAGGCAACGCCCUCUCCUGCUUUGACUGUUCCUAUGGUAACAAACCUCAUCCACCAAUCCAAGCCACCAGAUCAGCAAGGGACAACCCCCGCGAUAGCAACAGAGACAUGGAAGAGACACAGGCGGGGAGAGGCGUUCAGUUCUGUGAGAUGAUCUCAGCCCCCAGCAUCUGUCGGUGGGCGGGGCCAAUCAUUGAUGUCCUAUUGGACUAUGUUGGUCAUGUGACUCUCUGCUCCAGACUGGUGGAACACCUGGAUAGUUAUUCAGCAUGGAGCAUCAUCAAAGACAAAGCAACUUCUCCUCAGUCGUUGAUGCGACUCUGUCGGCUGCAGAUUCUUCAGUUCACCGGACGUCGACGUGUGAAGAAGUUACCGUUACCUGGAGUUCUGAUCCGGUUCCUGCAACACCAAGAGCACUCGCUGGAUGACUGAACCAGCACUCAAACUGACCCAGUUUAUCUAGUUGACCCAGUUUCUCCAGUUUCUCCAGUUGACCCAGUUGACAUUGUGGUAACCCUUUAUUUAACAGUCCGCUAAUUACCCGGUAUUUACUAAGAAACUGGAUAUAACAAAAAUAGUUACUAGGAAAGUACCAAAAUAACUUUAUAGUAAUUACUAAGUUUUUACCUAGUAAGUUCAUGGAAACGUUCUAGGUAACUAGACGGUAAUACAAUCUACGUACUAAGACAGUAACCAUAGGGAACGGAUGUAAGUAAGUUAUUACUUAAGCACAUACAAUACAUUGGUGAGCUCCAGUUACUUACCUUUAUAUACCAUUAACUGCCACUCAAAAGUAUUGAUGAACUGUCAAAAUGUCAUGUUCUUUCCGGAUACUUCAAUAUUACUUUGUGUACUUAACAUGUACUAGGAUUGUAAAAUAAAGCAAUGCGUAUUUCCUUCAUUCA